AUGAAUGGCUACCUAACCUCGCAUGAUGGGUGCAGCAAUCUUCGGUGUGCUCGUGCAAAUGUAGAACUGAAAGCAGUAAGUAGAGAAAAUGAUAUUUUACGCAAUCUUGUGGAGAAUUUAGAGAGACGAAUCUGCGAUCAAGAACAAAUUAACAAACUAUUAUCCUAUAAUAAGAAUCAUUCAACUCAUGAAAAGACACCUAGCGACAUAAAUACCAACUCUAAAUCUAGAAGGAAUACAAAUAUACAGAAACCAUUGACUCAGCGUCUACAACCAGAAGAGCAGACGACACCUAACGACGAAGAUCCCAACUCCAAACCUAGCGGAAGCGUUCGUAUCACAGAGGAACCGAUGUCUCAACAGCAUCAGCCAUCUAGUAGCAAGUCAUUUUCAGAUGUUUUGAAAACAAUCAGCACUAAUCAAGACCCAAAUCAGUGCAAAAAAGAUAAUCCAGCAAAAAGCCAAGCCGAGGUAUCUGUGGCCAGUCGCAGAACACUACCGGGUCAAAUGAAUCAUCAGAACAAUACUAGACUGUCAACGUCGAAAGUCGAUGAUUUGAAAAUUCUAAAGAAGGAAUUCAGUGACGUAAAUGAGACGAAAUUUGAAUUGUUGACACUAAAAGGAGUAUUCCCAUAUGACUAUGUCGAUAAUGUGGAAAGAUUGAAUGAAUCCGAGUUGCCAAGCAUUCAAAAUUUCUACAACAAAUUGAACGAUACAAAUAUUUCGGACGAAAAUUACGCGCACGCGCCAAAAGUUUGGGAAUCUUUCGAGCUGAAAUCACUGGGAGAAUAUAGCGACCUAUAUAUGCGGACCGAUAUUCUUCUUCUUGCCGACGUCAUGGAAAAUUUCCGUGCGUCAUCCCUCAAGACCUAUGGCCUCGAUCCUGCUUGGUAUUACACCAUGCUCGGCUAUCCUUGGGACUGCAUGCUCAAGUAUACUGGGUGUAAGCUGAAAAUCAUCAGAGACAUCGACAUGGUGAUGUUUGUGGAGCAGGCGAUAAGAGGAGGAGUAUCGGUUUGUUGCAAUAGAAUCACCGAAACUGCUGUCGGCGCAGCUGUUGUGCCCACAAAAGUACAACUGGAAAUCGAAAAUGUGGAACUCAAAGUGAAAAGAUUAUUUCCAAACGAUCAAAUCAAACUACAACUCUUGAAGGCAAUCAAAGCCGACACCCCCAUCCUAAUACCCUUCAGAAAAUGGGAAUUACAUAUGUUGCCUUCUCUCACGACAGGCGCCACCAAUGAAAUCUGGGCGGUCAAAACUUCUUCGUUUCUCGAAAGUCCUCGAUAUGUCAUUGUUUGCUUUCAAACAGGUCAUGAUCUGACUAAAGUCAAUACUGAUAUUACGAUAUUCAAUCACGCAAACAUAACGAAUAUCACAUUAACUCUCAAUGGGGAAAGUUAUCCAAAGGAAAAGAUGCAGUUGGCCUUCGAUAAAGGAGCCUUUCCACAGGCGUACUUCAACUAUACGCAAUUUGGAUACAGCUAUAAAAACACCUCGCUACACACUCCACUCCUGGGUUACCCAGAGUUUGCCAAUAAACAACCUCUUUUCGUUAUCGAUUGUUCGCGACGAGAUGAAAGUGUCAAAAGUUCCACUGUCGAUGUCAAACUUGAGAUUGAGGCAUCCCAAGGAUUUCCCGCCAACACUCGAGCCUAUUGUAUCAUCGUUCACGAUAACAUCAUUGAGCACCUCCCACUCAGUGAAAUUAUCAAAAAGUGGAAUUGA